AUCAUUAAAAAAGACAAAAAACGAAAUAAAUAAAAGAAAGGAAUAGAUCAUGGCUGCAGAGACGACGACGACGACGACGACGAUGACGCCGCCGACAUCAGUGAUGGUGGUGGGGAUCGACGACAGCGAGCACAGCUUCUACGCUCUCCAAUGGGCUCUUCUCCACUUCUUCUCCGGCGGCGGCACCGCCUCUCCGUUCAAGCUCGUCGUCAUCCACGCAAAGCCCUCGCCUGCCUCAGUCGUCAGCCUCGCUGGCCCUGUUGCUGUUGAUGUGGUGCCUUAUGUGGAGUCGGAUCUGAAGAAGAUUGCUGGUGGGGUUUUGCAGAAGGCCAAGGACCUCUGCGCCGAGAAUUCCGUUAGCGAUGUGGUGCUUGAAGCUGUUGAAGGAGAUGCAAGGAAUGUCCUCUGUGAGGCUGUAGAGAAACACCAAGCAGAUAUGCUAGUUGUGGGAAGUCAUGGUUAUGGAGCAAUAAAAAGGGCUGUUUUGGGGAGCGUCAGCGAUUACUGUGCUCAUCAUGCCCACUGCAGCGUGAUGAUAGUGAAGAAGCCCAAGCACAAACACUAAUUUAUUCAGCUGCUUUCGAUGUAUUUACCAGUUUAUAACUCAUCUCCCCCUCAUGCCGAUAGAGCAUCAACAAAUAACUAAGGAACAAGCAAAACUGGAUCAAGAAAUAAUAGCUUUACCCGACGAGGUUUGCUGUAAGCUAUUGAUACUUUGUUAAAGUGAAUGUAUUAUAUGUGCUGUGCUUAAUACCAGUUAGAAUAUGAAGAGAAAUAUGCUUUGGGCUUGUGUACCUAUUUUAUUUACUCUACACAUUAAUGUUGUAUAUGAGGCUUUCCCAUAGCUUAGGUGGGUUUCGUGCGAUUCUCUUAUUUAUAAAGUUUAUGCGGGUUUGUGAAA